AUGGGCUGGGGGUUUUAUACUUGUGGACCAAAUGAAGCUCUUGUCGUUUCUGGUGAGAUCAUUAUUACUUGUUCAUUUUUAGGCUGUUGCUAUAAUAAACCCUACUACGUGCCCGGUGGUCGGGUUUUCGUACUUCCAUUCAUUCAGAGACUUGAUCGGAUUUCCCUCAAUAUUAUGACCCUAAUCAUUGAAAGUCCUCGCAUUUAUACUCGUAAUGGCGUUCCGAUUACUGUCACCGGUGUCGCUCAAGACCGCAAACUUUUCUCCCGCAGUGUCUUUGAGGUCGCCUCCUCCGAUCUUGUCAAUAUGGGUAUUAGCGUUGUUAGUUAUACCCUUAAGGAUAUCAAAGACGAUGAGGGCUACCUCGAGGCACUGGGGAUGGCGCGCACGGCUCAAGUGAAGCGCGAUGCGCGGAUCGGCGAGGCGGAGGCGCGUCGGGACGCGGGUAUUCGUGCAGCGCAGGCGGAGGAGGCGCGGACGGCGGAGCAGCUGCGUAACAAAGCCUCGAUCGCGCGUUCUCAACGUGACCUUGCGCUGCGUCGUGCCGCCUGUGAUCGUGAAAUUCGCGCCCUCCAGGCCAAGGCUCAAUUAGCCUACCAACUUCAGGUAGCAAGGACGCAACAAGCAAUUCGUGCUGAGGUGAUGGGUGUGGAACUGGUGGAGCGAAAAAGGCGCAUCGAGUUGGAGGAAUUGGAGCGACAGCGUGCACACUUCCGUCUCGAGGCGGAGGUGCGCAGUCCCGCCGCCUCUGAGUGCUUCCGCCUUCGCGCCCUCUCAGAGGCCGAACAGGCUCGUAUUAAGGCAGAGGCGGAGGCGGAGGCAGAUGCGGUGAAAUUGAAGGGCCUUGCUGAGGCCGAGGCGAAUCGGGCGGUAGCCCUGGCGGAGGCGGAGAAGAUGCAAAAGGUGGCUGAGGCUUUAAAAAAUUACCAGGGCGCGGCCAUGUUGGACAUGGUACUGCAGACACUGCCACGUGUAGCAGCCGAGGUCAGCUCCCCACUGGCUAACUGCGACAAAGUCACGAUGGUCUCCACAGGCGAUGAAGUGGGAAUUGCAAAGCUGUCCAACGAGAUCAUCCGCUUGAUUGAGAGCCUUCCGCAGUUGAUUACCUCCCUCACCGGUCAGGAUAUGAAGUCGUGCAUCCCAAGAUGCUAA